CUCCCGGAGGACUGGAGAGCCGGAGAGGAUGGGCCUUCAAGGAAGUGGCGAGGGAGACUGGACAGUCCUCGGUCUCUUGGAGCGAGAAGAGCGGGGUGUGGGGUGGGGACGACUCUUCGGCUCUGCAUUGGAACCAGAAAGAAACUUUUCGAGCGUCCGGAGAGUUGUAUUUAUUUACUUAUUAAUAUUCCUCGUGAGAAAAGCCGGGGCUGAAGCCUGCCUGGAAGUCGCAUCCUCUGCCCUGGAAGCCUUUCCCCUUUAAUCCCCGACGAGGAAGAGCUGGCAGUUGUCGCUCACUCGGCAGAGGGGACAAGAGGCACCUUACCUACCUCAUAGUUAUGGUCAUUUUCGGCUCCACUCGGAGAAUGUUUCUUUUCGCGCAUUGUGGGGACGAGCCUCAGCAGUUCAAACAUGUUCAGGGCAAAAAACAAAACAAAAACCCUGAGGUUUCAUUCAUGUGGAGUUCUGCAAUUCGCAGGCUGCAUUUAAUUUCUUGUCUUGGUCUUGAGCUCUCAGAACACAUCUGAGAUUAGAGUAUGGAAUUCCCCUGAAAUAUGUGUCAUACAAGACUCACUUUUUUCUCUUUCUUUUUCUUUUUGCAGACAGCUUGUUGAUCCGAGUGGAUCAGCUGUUGGAAGUCAGUAUCCCGUUUUUCCGGAUACAUUUCUGGAGUGUGGUUUCUCCCUGUGUGUUCUGCUUGCUUUAAUGCCGGCGCAGAAGAAUAAGUUGGCCAGAGGCGUCUUACAGUCUCAUUCUCUCUCCAGGCUGUAAUAGGCUUGUGUCCAGGCAUUGUGGGGGACAGCUGCUGUUGGUUUUCCUUGUAUCUGCCCACAAAGGAGUUAAGGCUCACCCCUCUUGACAAUGAUGAAGACUGAAGGAAAAGGAGAGAGGACUUUAAGAAGUGCUUCACCACACAGAAAUGCCUAUAAAGCUGAUUUUCAUGCUAUUAAGUGCAGUUUUGAUUCAGUGAACUCUGAUAACGCUUCAGACAAAUCUGGCCCUCAACAAAAGCUGACCAGUUCAUCUAGUGGAGGAAGUACCGACUCACACAUUCGGGGCAGAGCUGUUACCUAUGGCAACAGAGUGCACAAGAUAAAGAACAUGUUCAUGCAGAUGGGUGGCUCUUCCACUUCAUCUUGUUGUGAGAAUAGCCCAUCUUCUGAACUCAAAAUAAUUGCCAAGACAGUUUCAACUGAUACUACACCUCCAUCUCCCAGUAGUCCAUCGUUCCUGUCAGUUCAAAAAAAUAACCUGCUGAAUAGUGGCUCUGUUCCCUUCAGUAGUCCCCAUGAUUCCUUACCUUCUGCUUCAUUCACUGACAAAAUUAUCUGCAGCAGUGAUGAGGGAAAUCUAGACAAAGCUGCUUUGGCAGAGAAGUUUUCUGAGACUAGGAAAAUAUUUGAAAGGAACAUUAAAAAGCCAGGCUCAGUGGACAGAGGUGCUCUUAAAAAUGAAAAGAUUGAAGACAGGAAGAGACAUGGCUCUACUUCUUCUGACUGUAGCAGUGUAGUAGAUCAUGUUAAUUUUAAUACUGAUAUAAGCUCUCAGGUUGCCGUUGACAAAGCAGAGAAUAAUGGAAGCAGUGAGCACAAGUUGCAGCACUCCAGUGGUGGUGGUAGAUCCUCAUCACUGAAUGCUGGACCCAUUUCUAGAAGACUGGAGAGUUUCUUGGCUGACAGUGACAGUGAAGAAUCUAAAGACGUUCUGAAAAAUGAAGGUGCCUCCGAUUCUGUUCAUAUAGGAUUGUGUAGCUGGGAAUCACCAGUGGUUAGAGAAGAAUUGUGCCUAAAGCAGAAUUAUACAAUUGCAGCUCCUGCCCAUUUGAGUAGCAAAUGGGAUGAGCUAAAUAAGGCCACAGAAGAAACACCUACAAAUGAUCAGGUGACAUCUGAAGGAAAUCAGCAAUGUGCAAUCACCACAUCCACUAAAAUAGAUAGAGCCCCCAUUAAAAUUUCCCAGGUAGAAGUAGUUAGAGCAGAACUGAUUAUGGUACAGAACAAAAGUUUAGGGAAUAAUAGUGAAAUUGUGGGAGAAGUUAAUGUUUUGCAGAAGGAAAAACCACUGAAAUUUCAAAGUUUGGAAGGGGAAGAGAAGGAUGUCUCACUGGAGGAAAUGGAGGAACUUCGUGUGUGCAGUCAAACCAGCCAGAAAGGAGUAAAAGAGAUAAUCUCUUCGGAGGAACCUCAAACAAGAGAGCAAGAUUAUGUAGAACAAGUAAGGGAUAGUGAAGAUGAAGAGGAAUGCCAAGAAGUAGAUUUGAGAGAUAGUAGUGGGUUUUCUUCCAAUGCUUUUGGAAUAGAGAAUGCAGCUUUUGAUGAUGACAGAGAAACAGAGUCAAACAGUCAGGGCGUUGAAGGACAAGAAACUCUAGCAGAGGAUGAGUAUAAUUAUGACAGUGAUUAUGAGGAAUAUCCUGGGCUUUCUGAGGAGGAAGAACCUGAUCCAGAGAGGAAAGUGAAGUUUUCCACAGCACCUAUCAAGGUAUUCAGUACUUAUUCAAAUGAAGACUAUGAUAGACGCAAUGAAGAGGUUGACCCUGUGGCAGCAUCUGCAGAAUAUGAACUUGAGAAGAGGGUGGAAAAAAUGGAGGUUUUUCCUGUGGAAAUUGAAAAAGGUGACAGUGGCUUGGGUAUCAGUAUAAUUGGAAUGGGUGUUGGUGCAGAUCAGGGACUGGAAAAGCUGGGAAUCUUUGUGAAAACAAUAACUGAAGGUGGAGCUGCUCAGAAAGAUGGUCGGAUUCAAGUAAAUGAUCAGAUUGUUGAAGUCGAUGGUAUAAGUCUUGUAGGAGUAACACAGUUUUUUGCAGCAACUGUACUAAAAAAUACAAAAGGCAUAGUCAGGUUUUUGAUUGGAAGAGAAAAACCAGGAACUCAGAGUGAAGUUGCUCGUCUCAUCAGUGAGACCCUGGAGCAGGAGAGGUGUUUAUAUGAGCAGCAGUAUUCCCAAGAUGAUACAGAACAGGAUGAUGACUAUGAGGAAGAGGAGGAUUCUUUUGAAUCUAAUUUACAUGGAAAAUCUGUAGAGGUAUUUUAUCUUCCUGAAAAUGAAGACAUUAAUUUGCCAUUGGACAUGGAUUCUUCACAGUUCCUACUGAAAUUUAAAGAGCUACAGUUGAAACAUGCUGUCACAGUAGCUGAAGUUAACCAACUUAAAGAAAAGUUGAAAGCAACAGAAGUUGAAAAGAUGGAAUGGGAAUUGAGUAAAGCCCAGCUCCAGGAAACAUUAGAUGAGAACAAGGAAAAAAUAAAGAAGUUGGAAACCUACUGGCUGGAGGCACAGAGCUUAUGUAAAACAGUAAAUGAACAUCUUAAAGAAACUCAGGAACAAUAUGAUGCUCUGGAAAAAAAGUACAACAAAGCUAAGAAAUUACUGAAAGAGUAUCAACAAAAAGAAGUAGAACUCAUGAAAAAAGAGGAGGAUCAUACGAGAAUUCUUGAAGAGAGAAACCAGGAACAUGCAAAUCAGUUGAAAAUGUUGCAGGACAAGAUUACAGAGCUUGAAGAUAAAUUAAAGAUAUACGAGAGACUCCCUUAUAUGUUUGGAAAUAGCAUUUUACUAGAAACUGACACACCAACUCCUGAACGUUUGGAAGUGAAAGAUGAUGUUCUGGAAAUUGAGUCUUCAGUAGAGAAAUCAGAUUUUUCUGAGUUUGAUACGUUUGUUGGGGACACACCGAGGUUGGACACCAGUGCACAUAAAGCAAAAGCUCAGCUUGCCUUGAAAGUAAAACGUCAGCCACCUUCUCGAUCAAAGCUGAAAGAGUCUCUUGGGGUUGGACAGAAAGAAAGAAACUCACAGAGUAUGGAUGAUUGCGAGGCAGAGGAAACUAUCCAGGUGAAGUCUUCAGAAGUGACAGAGAUGAUAACUACCUCCCAGCAAAGUGAUGUAGAUCAGAAAGCCAACAAUCAUGAACGUGCCGGAAGUACUGACAGUUUAUUAGACUCAAGCCCAACCAUUUCUGUGCACUCUUCUCCAGUGUGUAAACCACACACAGAGGGUAGUCCUGGAGCAGCACAGCAGAUCUCUAAUGAUGAUACUGCUCCAAAUUCUCCUUCAGGAUACUGUCGAAAUGCUAAACACAGAGAAUCAAAAGGAAAAGGAAAAGCAAACAAAGAUGACAAAAGGAACGAAGAAAAAACUGAAUCAAGUGAAGGUUCUGCUGGAAAGUCCAAAAGACGUUUCCCAGAUUUUGGGGGCCUAAGAAAAUCCGGUGGUAAAGGCAGGAAACAAGAGAAAGAAAACACAAGGGGUUCUCUGGAUAGCCGAGGCUCCCGAGAACUCUUGGAAGAUUCUGCCAACAACUUAUCUGCAUCAGAUUCAGAUUCACCUAUUCCAACCUGUAUGCCUUUCUCUUGGUUUGGAGAUAGUCACAAAGAACACAGUUCUAGUAGUACCCUGAGCUAUUCACAGGGUGGACAUGACGUAUUUGAACAGAGCCAAGAGAAGAACAGGAGCAAGAGUAGAAUUGUCAUAGAUGGUUCAUACCAUAGCCACCCAAGUUGUGAUCUGUCAGGGUUAGUGACAGAGCCAAAUCUUUCAGGGCGUUCACACACUUUAACCUUCUCUUCAAAUGAGACUUCAGAUGAUGAGCCAGCAGCUACAGGGAAACAAAACCAGUGGCACAGUAAACCAAUUUCUGAAUGGACAACACAACAAGUGUGCCAUUGGCUAAUGGGAAUGAACAUGGAGCAAUACAUCACAGAAUUCACAGCCAAGAAUAUAGACGGACAGCAGUUGAUGCUGCUUGACAGUGAUAAGUUGAAGGCCAUUGGAGUAUCCAGUCAAAAUGACCGAUCAACAAUAAAGAAGAAAAUUAAGGAUAUUAAAAAAGCACAAGAAAAGCUAGAGAAACAAAAAGAAAGAGGUCAAAAAAAGGAAAAGGAUGUUCGGAAAAGUGCCAGAGUGGUGGCCACUGUAGAAUCAAGUUGCUAAAGAGAUUGGGUGACAUAUACAGCAGCUUCCUGUUGUGUCCUCUCAAGGGCUAAAAUGGAGCUCUGCCAACGCUUCAUUAUCUUUAUCAGACUUUACUUCGAUGUGAAGAAGUGCAACAAUUGUAUAUUACUGUAUAACGUUGAAUAUGGAAAGGAGGAAGUGAGUUUUUCUUUAAAGACACAACCUCCAGCUUCCAUAGUCCUUCCACGUUUAUAUGAUUGAUUUAAAUGAAAUAUUUUCAUUUUUAAAAUAUUUAGAAUGUUAACUUGUACUAAUGAACAGUAAGUUAAUGUUGUCACAAGUAAUAUGUACAUAUGUGCCUGGUUAUUCUAACUCCCUGAUUUGUCUGUUGGAAAUGGUAUAUACAAUUUUUGAAAAGUAGGAUGUGACACAAAUUACAGUAAAAUGUUGGACGGUAUGUAGAGAACUAUCAGAUUACUAUGUUUUGGUGGAGAUAGCUUGCUGCCACUAGUGUAUAGAGAAAAAUUAAGUUUUUAAAAAGUAAUAGAAAAUUAAUUUAAUCAAAUUUAAUGACAUGUUUAAAAUGCUGUAACUUCUAGAGUUCAUUUUAAAUUCAAAACUUUGUAGUAAUAUAAUUCAUGACUUAUUUUCUAAAACAACACUGUUUCUAAGUUGUUGGUUAUAUUGAAGCAGGAUUUCAACUUUUACCAAUCAGUUUUAUACACUUUUGUAUGUAGUAGUUUUAUAGUCCAUGUGACAAAUAAGAGCAUACUGUAAUAUAACAUGCAUUACACUUUUCCUACUCAGAUUUUGAGGACCAAAAUUAUAUUUUUGCUGAUUUUUAAAUGCUAUUGGUCUUCCAAGCUUAAAAUAAUACCAAGUUAGGAAUAGUUGGAAAAUGCAUUAAUGAAGCACUGAAUUUCUUCAUUGUAUAUAAUUAUAUUGCAGACUACAAAUGUCUUCCUUUUCAUGAACAGCAUUUGUCUUCCAAGGUAAUAUAAAACACAGCUGCCAUCAGCAUUUGGGCAACAGCACAAUUUGUUGUGGGAAACUAUACCACAUUAGAAUGACACUUCUGAAAAAUGUAAUAAAUUUCAUUCAAAAAAGCAA